AUGGAAGUGGAUUCGGUGAAUUCAGUGGAUUCGACGAGGCCACUGAUGAAUAUCUGGCUGAUGUUCCGGAUAAUCGGAGUUCAUCCGCCGUCGCGGGAAACGCUGUGGGGUCGCUACUACGGUGCGUACUCGAUAGUGUGGAACGUGACGUUCCAGGCGUUUCUCUGGGUCUCCUUCUUCGUGAACUUUCUGCUCUCCGACACGAUGGAGAAGUUCUGCGAGAGCUUCUGCGUGACGAUGCCACACACCCUGUAUCUGGUGAAGGUGUGGAGUGUCUACCGGAUGCGGAGGCGCCUCCUCCACAACAUGGACGUCCUCCGCCACCUCGAUGGCCAGUUGAACGGCUUGGAGGAGGCACAGAUCAUCUGCGAGGGCGUGGCCAAGUCGGAGUUCAUAUUUAGAUUCAUAUCCCGGGCAUUGAGCGUCGUGGUCACUUUGGGCAUCCUCUCCGUGGCGAUGGCCAGUGAACGCACGCUGGUCUAUCCCACCUGGAUACCCUGGAACUGGAAGGACAGCUCACGCAGUGUCUACUUGGCCACCGUGGUGUACCACAUCACCGCUCUUAUAACCACCAACUUACUGGUCAUCAGCGUGUUCACCUACCCGGGCACCUAUCUCAUUCUGGUCAGUGCCCACACCAAGGCACUGGCCUUCAGGGUCGCCCGAUUGGGGCGGGGCAGGCCACGCCCACCGGAGCAGGUGGAGGAGCAGCUCGUCGGCUGCAUCCGGGAUCACCACGUCAUCCUGCACCUCUUCAAGUCGCUGGAGCAGUCAAUUUCGCUGACUUGCUUCCUUCAGUUUCUGUGCACCGCGAGUGCCCAGUGCGCCAUUAGCUACUUCCUGAUGUUCCAGGAGGUGCGGAUCAUGACGUUUAUCAACAUGCUGGGUCUGCUGUUCGCCUUCACCUCGGAGACACUCCUGCUCUGCUUCACCGCGGAGAUCCUGGCGCAGGAGGGCGAAGGACUCCUGGCGGCGGUCUACAGCUGCAAUUGGUUGGAUCAAUCGCUGCGAUUCCGCCGAAUGCUGGUUAUGAUGCUCAUGCGGUGCCAGAAACCGAUGACCCUGGUCUCCCAGAAAACGGUGCCCAUCAACUUUAAGACCUUUAUGAUGAUGAUCAAAGGUGCCUACACUAUGCUCACUCUGCUCAACGAAAUGCGCAAGAAGUCACUUGACUAAAACAGCGGACUUUUCACUUGGCCAGCGAUUUUAAUGAAUGCUCCAUAAUGCAGGAGCUUAUUAUUAAGUGGGUUGAACGGAAAUU